UCAGAUGACCGGUGUUGCUGCAAGCGUGCAUAAUGAAGCAGGCAGUUCUCAGAGCGGCACCGGUGGAGCCCAACAGCCACUGCCACCGACAAGUAUAACUCUAGAGGAGUUAGGAGACAUAAACCGCCGAUGGAUGGAGGAUGCUAAAGCUAAACGGCAAUUGCCACGGAGUUCGAUGUCUCUUCAGGAGUUAAAAGUCAAAAACCGUCUGUUGAUCAAGGAGAACCCCAACAAGCUUUUCCGCGAAUCUUACUACAUGUGGAAGGAGACCGACGAUUUCUUCGUCGUCAGAGCUGAGAAGAAGAACCAGAAAAUCGGCUCUCUGUAUAAUGAGAUUUAUCAGUUGAUAGGGUUUUUCAGUGUCUUCCAGGGCGUGAUCCUCAUUGCAUGUGCACAGUCAAACUUAUUGACCUGUCACAACUGGUGGACGACUUUUUUUCUGAGCUUACUUGCGUCUCUGGUGACCAUCUUCGGGGUGAUUCAAAAAUUUAGGACUAUUUUGACCUUGAAGGAGACCAUACAAACCGAAGAUGACAGUCGUAAGGAUUGUAUACGGUUUAGUAAACGGCUGUUGGAGAAGCGAGAAGCGUUUUGCUUCAAACGGGAUGCCUCAGAGGAGCCAGAAAAGCCUCCUCAGUCGCGUAAGUGGCCUGCCAUAGGUGUCAUCGUUUUACUUUUUUUAUUUGGGGGUUUUAUCUUACUUUCAAUUUAUAAAAUACUCUGUGAUCCGGGCAAGCUUACCCCAAAAAAAUAGCUGUAUAAUCAAAACCAUUCUAUCGCUAGAAGACAGGCUUUGGAUUCUGCAGGAGGGUGGAUUUGGUGUGAUAAAUUACUCCAUGUCUUCGUGCUCACUCACCGUGACACCUACAAUAUGUAUUGGAAUUCAUAUUAGCUCGACCAUUGGUUAAUAUCAUAAUGAAUCUUGCACAAGGUAUAGUGUCGCAUUCUGUAGUGUAAAGAAAGUUCUCAGAUUUGUGUUGAGUUCUAAAUCCGGUGUCCUCAUUGUAAUUGAAGCUUUGAAGGGGCAGUGAAACUUUUGCGGUUUUCCAA